AGGUGAAAUAGAUUUACAAAGCUGUGAAAACGCAAGACCGUGAAUUAAAAAAUACUAACGGUCCAAAUUCUAGUCUGUAGUGUCUAUAGACAUGAUAUCCUUUAUUAAUAAUAUUUAUUCAACUACCUAGCACAGUUAAAGAUUGUGAAUCAAUUAUUUAUUUUUAAUUUGGUAUUAAUACUACAUUAAUAACUCUCAAAAUUUAUUACCUCAUUUAUAUAUAGUUAUGAACGGUGCAAUGAACCAAUUACUCGCUCACCUGAAACUAUCUGAUUAGCGAACCAAGAAGAAAAAGUGGAUCUUUGCUCCUCAUUUAUAUACGUUUUAAAUGGUGCGGUGGACCUAUCACCUGCUCACCUAAACUUAUCUAAUUACUAACGAAACUAUAAGAACAAAAAGUGGCGCUUUGCUCCUCGUAAGCUCUGAGGGAACUAAUAUACAUACAUACGUGUUAAGUAGAUAUUAUAUGUAAAAUAGUAUAAUGCUGCAAAUUUGUGGUGUUAUUUGCAAUGUAUAAUACUCGUUUAGGCAAUAUUAAAAUCUAAAUACGUCACUAUAAUGUCAAGCAAAUUUAAGGGUUUUUGAAUGAUGGAAUGACAAUGUAAACCAUAUCACGCAGCAAUGAAAUUUUACAAAUUGUUAUCGAAGUUUUGCGAUUUAUCGAAAAUAAAUGGAAAUCACCUGAGUUAAUUCCUUGGCGGUAAUUCAAUGCAAAUAUAAAUAUUAUGUCAAAAAGAAGAUACAAAAGAGGACGAUGCCAUUUGUCUUUAAAUGAAGAAAAAACAUUUAUUAAAUGUUGGGCUGAAAAUGGACAUCAUCUUCGAAAACAAAGAAGAAAUAAUCAUGUAGUACUGGCAAUGUGUGCACAACUUGCAUCUAUUGGAGUUAAAAUAUCUGCGACAGAAGCAAGAAAUAAAAUGCAUAAUUUAGUACAUAAAUACCGAAUUGAAGAAGGCAACAUGACACGCUCUGGUUCACAUUCCGUAUGGCCACAUUAUCAUGAUAUGCACAAACUUCUUAAUAUAACUGAAAACAACGAAAAACUCAACGAGGAAUGCACUGAGAGGACAAAAUUAGAAUCGAAAGGGUGUUCCUCUUUAGAAUGGGCAGAUUGUUAUGAUGACAACCGUCAUUUAAUUAGAACCGAAGGUAGUGGGGAAGAGUUCAUUGAAAUGCCUAUUAAAGCCAAAAAAUAUAGCACUGAGAAAAAUAUAAAAUCACCUUUAAAUUCGGUGUCAGAAUGUGAAAUUAGUAAUGACUCCCACCAAAUUCGUACGCCAUCAGAACGUUACGAAAAAGUGGAUAUAGAUUUUCAAUACUGUCUUCUGGAUAAACUUGGUGGUAUACAAAAUGAAAUAGCAAAGAUGAAUAAAUUGAUGGAAGUAAACGACGCGAAACUAUUAAAAAUCGAAAAGAAGAAAUUAAAACAAUUAAAAAAAUAUGUGCAAGAUUCAGCAGAAUUUAAACAAGCAUUUAUAGCUGAAUUCAAAAAAAAAUCAUAGACUGAAUUUUAGAUCAUGUAAACUAUUUUAACUUUAUUCCAUUAGUAAUGACUUUUGAGUUUCAUUGCUUGGUAAAGAACUGCAACUCAUAGAUAUAAAUAAAC